AGUGCCUUGCUUCGAGCACCCCGCACCCGAUUUCGAGACGAGGCAGGCUCCGCGGGCUCUAGAGUGCGGGGUAGUGGUGGCGGCGCCUAUGCCCAAAAGGGUUAAAACGGUGGGUCGCCCUCUGAUAAUCCAACAGUGUGGCUUGCAUCAAUCAUCAUAAAUCUGCCGAGGGCCCGCACGGUGUGUUCCUAAUAUUCCUUGUCCUCCCUCUGCUCGUUCCUCCUCCACCCAACAAUUUGUCUUGAUUGAGAUAGGAACCAGAGACGACGCGUCUAACCAUGCCUACAAAGGUCAAAGGAUGCCGCAGCUGUUCCCGCCGGCGAAUAAACUGCGACCGGACUCUACCUGCUUGCAACAAAUGUGUUCGGGACAACCUGGUUUGCUACGGCCUUAGCGGGACCUACCGUUGGCUUACUAGCCGGACCUCCAGGAAGACGAGGACACCGGGUCAAGGGAGCAAGAGAGACUCGCCCCCGCCGUCUCAGAUGGCACUCGAUGAUUCCGAUAAAGGCAGCCUAAUACCGCUAUUAGCGUCCCCGACGUCCCCGCUGACUUUCCCGCUGCCCCGGACACAGCCGAGUAAUCACGAGGAUCAAUGGGUGUUGAACUACUUUGCAGAGCAGAUAACGCCGUGGAUGUGCCCGAUUCUGCGAGAAGAUAACGAAUGCAAGAUGCAAGUCUUGCCGCUAGCCGCUUCUUCCCCACUCGUCUUCAAUGCCGUUGCCGCGACAUCCUUUCAUCGCCUGGCCUACUACGGAAACAAUGAAUUUGCAAGUAAGGCUGAAAGAUACAGGGCCACUGCUAUUAAGGGCCUGCUAGAGAGCUGUCAGAGAGUCUGCUUGCCGUUGCCAUCCUCUCAGGACGUGCUGUUUGCCGCGGCUACUCUCUUAAUUCUGAUGUAUGAUGAGAUGGUGGCUGCCCAGGGUUCCUUCACGACUCUUGCGCGUGUCAUGUCAAGCAUGCGGAACUUUGUGGAUUUCUCAACCUUAAGCGGCAGCUCGGAGCUUCAAAGAUACCUGUCAGGGCAGUUUGAUAUGCUAGCCAUCUUCGCCCUACCGCAUCUUGACGAAGGUCCAUCGCAGACGCACGCCUUCGAGUUGGUAGACACCUUUGAGUCGACGACCAAAGAAGACCAAAAUAACCCUCCCUUCCUGGCAGACUGCUGGAAGACUGUCUUAACGGCUUGGCUCUGUCAGAAACAGAACUCGGACGUCGACGUGGUCAACAGUUUACUGGAGGAUCUCAAGUUCAGGAUUUUAUCUCACGAUGGUAUUACACGGUUUGAUCACUACAUGACAUGGGUUUACUUCAUGGCUGCAGCGGCUUCACCUAGUCCACAUCUACGGAGCUUCUUCAGGGACCGCCUCUUCCAGCAUACCAUCACUUUUGGAUGGAAGAAUGUUGCCUUAAUGCUCAAGCUCCUCGAAGAACUAGAAAAGUCUGGCUCGGACUGGCCUUCUCGGUUGCAGUCUCACAAAAAAUACAUUUGCGUCUAAUGGUAGCUAUUUGAUAACCCCCUGUUACUUGCCAACCCACUCGAUGCGAGCACAUGCUGCAGCCAUGAAUAUCAUCUUGCCACCAACCACACUAGCUAAAUAACCCAACCAUAAAAUUAAACAAUACAAGGCAAAGCAUAUUGGUACAGCUGCACAAACACACGUAAAAGUGAGGGGUACGGGAGAAAGGAAGGCGAGGCUAACCAACUUCCGAGGUCGGCAGCCUCUUUAAAAUCGGGCAGCAAGCUGCACGUUGGUAUUGAUCCCACACGGCCUCCACAUAUGAACACUGAAGCAGAUAGCAUAUGUCUGAAAACCGUAUUCUUCGUCUGAUUACGACGGAACAGAGAAAUAAUUGGGUGGUAAGAGGCGCAAGGGACAUGCCAACCAAAACUGGGGUACUCAUGUUUUUGACCUUCCGCGUUCUAGCGCAGAACCUCUCGGUGUACUCAUUGCGGCGAAACAUAAAUAUUCGUGGAACUCUCUUACAGUGACGGCUACCUUUCCAGACCUAAAUGAGCCAUCUUCAUUCAAGUCCUUAUGAUCUCUCAGCUUGCGAGAACUGAACAUUAUUGAACCAUGCGUGCCGACAUUUCCACUCUUGGAUCCGCCAAUGGCUAUAGUAAUGGAACCGCCAACGGGUCCGCACUUCACAAAGUCGAUGUGGUAAUUGUGGGAGGAGGCUUUUCAGGGUGCUACAUGCUACACAAGCUGCGGCAGCAAAACUUCUCGGUGCGGAUCGUGGAGGCUGCCCCUGAGCUUGGCGGUGUUUGGCAGUGGAACUGCUAUCCCGGCGCCAGAGUCGACACACACGUACCUCUGUACGAGUACUCCAUAGAGGAGGUGUGGAAGACAUGGACAUGGCAGGAAAAGUUCCCUACUGCAAGCGAGUUGCA